AUGUUUAUCUUAACCACCAUAUCGGACUUGAUCCAGAUCUCGCCUGAGGAUUUCUCAAAGUUCAGCGCAGUUGCACUUGAAGACAAUAUCAAUGCAAAGUACGCUAAUAAAGUCAUUCAAAAAAUUGGCCUUUGCAUCAGCUUCUAUGACCUACUUGAGUCUUCCGAUGGCCUGAUUGGUCACGGAACUGGAUUGGUUAAUGUCAACGGUAGAUUAUGCAAGCCCUUUAUCACACCCGAGAUCUUUACUGACUAUUACUCAGUUAAAUUCCGCAUGAUUGUUUUCCGACCUUUCAAGGGAGAGAUCAUGUUAGGAAAGAUUGCUAGCGGCACAGAGCAUGGAAUCAAGAUUGGUCUUGAAUUCUUCAAUGAUAUCCUUAUCCCGCCACAGAUGCUUAUGGAAAAGUCCCGAUUCGAUUAUGCCGAGCAGGUAUGGAUCUGGGAGAGCGAAGGCGGAACAGAAUUCUUCUUCGAUGUAGGAGAAGUUGUUCGAUUCCGCGUCGAAUCAGAAGAGUGGCACGACCAAAUCCCCAAUGCACCAGAUCUUGCGGAUGAAACUCCACAGGAGAGGCGCCCUCCGUAUUCCAUUCUUGUUGGUUUCUCCCAAUCUUGGAAAUGUGUAAUCCUCGCUGACCAUCUUUUAGGGCUCGAUGCAAAUGGGUGGAACGGGACCCAUCACUUGGUGGUAGGCUGCUGGCACGCCAUUUGA